AUUCGAAAGCAGUUUAUUUGGGAACUUCUUGAAGAUCAAAACAGAAAUGCGUACUUUGAUUGUUUGUGCCUUGUUGGCCUUUUUGGCUAUUAGCUUCGUUCAGGCCCGUCCAAAUGAGGAGGAGUCAGAUGUCUCGGACUCUCUAGUUGCUAACACAACUGAGAAUAAUGUUGUGAAUGACUCGGAGACCACAGAAGCCGACGAAACAGAAGAAGAAGGUGAAGAAGCAGGCGAGGAAGAAGGCGACACCGAUGAAGAUGAUGAUGAAGAAGAGAGCACCAGCACCACCACCACAGAGGCACCUAAACACAAGAAGAUCUUCUGGCCUAGAUUUGGAGGACAUGGACCCGUUGUUAUUCACCCCCGUUUCAAAGCUGUCUCCCGGUGGGGUAUGGCCCUGGUUCUGGCCCUUCCGUUGGCCACUCUGGGGUGGUCGUGGACCUGUCAUACUUCCUCCAUUGCCCAACAGUACAAUUUCCAACAGUACACUCUCCAACAGUACAUCUGUCAACAGUACAACUUCGAAAUGCGUACUUUGAUUGUUUGUGCCUUGUUGGCCUUUUUGGCUAUUAGCUUCGUUCAGGCCCGUCCAACUGAGGAGGAAUCAGAUGUUUUGGAAUCUUCCACAACUGAGAAUAAUGUUGUGAAUGACUCCGAGACCACAGAAGCCGAGGAGACAGAAGAAGAAGGUGAAGAAGCAGGCGAGGAAGAAGGCGACGCCGAUGAAGACGAUGAUGAAGAAGAGAGCACCAGCACCACCACCACAGAGGCACCUAAGCACAAGAAGAUCUUCUGGCCUAGAUUUGGAGGACAUGGACCCGUUGUUAUUCACCGGCACUUCAAAACAUUCCAUAUGUUAAUUGAGUCAAACAUAAUAGUAUUCAUUCAAUUGUCAGACGAAAUGCGCACAUUGCUUCUCUUGGCGCUCAUUGGAGGCUUCGUUGUUGUCUCAGUUGUUUCGCAUGGAGAGGAUGAGACGAAACUCACAGACGAACAGUCCCUCGAUCCUGAGCAGGAGGAGGUGCAUGGAGAAGGGGAGGAGACGCUGCCAGAAGGUGGGGAGGUGCAUGGAGAAGGGGAGGAGGUGCAUGGCGAAGGGCAGGGGGAAAUCAUCUCAGAAGACGAGGAUGAUGAUGAGGAUUCGACGGCUGAUAGACCAGGACCAUAUAUACCGAAUAAUUUUUUAAAUUAUCCAGCUGCAGCUCCCGACUUCCGGCCAUACGCAAGAUUUGCCAUACUCCGUCGGGGUGUACCUUAUACGCCCAACAUUGACUUUUAGGCAAAAAACUAAAAUAAUGAACACUGAAAACUUUCCGACAUAAAUGAGCUAAAUUUACACAGUUGUAUCAGUUAAAAUAAACACACAGAUGUUUUCAC